AUGACAGGUAGAUUUUUUCCAGUUCCAGCACAAAACCCCUAUAAUGCUAAUGCGAAUAUUGUUACAGAAGCAAAAGUUUAUAACUGGAUGCAAGUACCUCCUAGAUUAGAAACACGAAUCAGAAUAGCAAAUCCAAAUACUGUAAAUGACUUCUUUACGCAAUUAAGGAUUAUUUGGUUAGAGUCUGGAGGACCAACAAGUAAUUUUGAAAAUGAAAACAAUAGUAUUCCUAUAAAUCAAUUUCCACAAAAAAAUAAGGCAUUAGAUUAUUUGGAUACUAUUGCCGAAAGAUUAGGUUAUUCAAAUUAUGGAUCACGAGAUCUUAAUGAUUUAAUAAAAUUUAUCGAUUAUGAAUUAUAUAAUAGAUUAGGACAUGCAAAUUAUAAUUUUAAAAAAGAGCCUUUUGGUCAAGAUAGUGAAGUAAGUACCAAAACUUCAAAAAAAGUAUAUAAUACAAAGAAGCCAGUAAAGAAGUUUGCAAAAAAGCUGACAAAGAAGCCUAUUAAAGUUACUUAUAAAUGCUCAAAUUGUGAAAAAAUUGGACAUAGAAAAAAUAUGUGUCCUGGUCUUGUUAAGAAACUUAAAAAAGUUAAUAAUGUUUAUCAAAGCGAACCAGAAAAUUCAGAUGAUGAGGAGGACCAGACUCCAAACUCUUCAAGUCACAAAGAAACACCUCAAUCAGAAAAACUUGACAAUUCUAUUACAUUAAAUCAUGCUAUUAAAGUAUACCAAGGAGCACAAAUAAGACAAAAUUGGCCUAACCCUUUUGAGAUUGAUUUUCUCAAUAUAAAAGAACCUAAUGAUGUGGCAACGAUUUCUUGUAGAAUAGGUGACUUAAUAAUACCUUAUGCAAUUCUAGAUACCGGUGCAAAUGAUUCAUUAUAUACUGGUAAUAUUCCUGAGUAUUUAGGGAUAAAAAUAGAUAAAAAACAUGUUCACAAACUUACUGGUGCAGUUGGGGAUUCCCAAUCUAUUGGUACAUCAUAUAAUGUUCCUAUAACCAUAGGUACUGAAGAAGAUUCUAUAACAGUUCUCGAAAAUGAAGUAUCAGUAAUUCCCACAAAAAAGGAUCGAAAUAAAAAAGACAUAUCUAUAAUGAUACUUGGUACAAAAUGGCAACAUCGUGUUGGAUGGGAUCCGAUAGUGAAAGGAGAAUUCACAGCUACACACAAUGGAAAGACUAUUACAAUUCCUCUUUCUACUCGCAAAGAAUUACGCAAUGCAUUUAAUACAGAAAAAUUACAGAUGUCAGAG